ACACCAUUUAGAAUUAAUUCAUCAUAAUAAUCACCUGUGCUACCAUUUCUUUCUCACCUUUCUCUCAAAUGGAAGAUAUGAGAGAUUCAAUCGCAAUAGCACAGAUUGUGAGGAUGGUUAUCAAGUUUCAUCCAUUAUUGACAAUAACCAGUCUUAUCUAUCAGGUAAUACUUUUACAGGAUUGGAUUGAAAAGGAGGUGAGCAAUCAAUGGAAAGCACUCAAGGUGUAUUUCCAAUCGACAAUGAGAUCUCUGCUGGAUCCUAUUAUUGAGAAGAUGAAGAAUCUAUCAAAAGCCCUCGAGAUGCAUCUCCACAACGAAGCAACAAAGGGUCAACUAAAGGCCAAACUAGUUGGUAAACUUGCCAUGUUCUCCGCCAUAUUUCUUUUACUGAAUACAGAGUUAAGUUCAAAAUAUGAUAGAAGAGGAGUCAAAAUGCAGUUAUUGAUGCUUAUUGGCCUUGGCCCUGGUAUUACGACCACAAACAGACCUUGGGUUGUUUAGUUUUAUCAUUGGAGUCGUUGGAUCUAUUACUUACAACCGUUAUGAGUUGAAGUUUCCCACAUGGAUAAUUGCUUCCAUCUGUUUUGUGUUGUUCAGUUUCAAAAGAUGGUUAGAUAAGUAUUGGUUGGAUUCAGAAGAAGAUCCUGGUACAAAUACCACAACUGAAAGUGCUAGUGUGUUUUCUAUUUUUUCAUCAACUGCUUUAUAUUUUGCACAAAUUGUGUUCUUGUCUUCUAAUGUCAAAUCUCCCUUAUCCGACUAUAAAAAGUGGUUAGUUAG